CUCUCGAUAGGCCGGUCGGACCUCCAUAUUCUGAAAUAACUACCGAACCAAACGUCUAGGGUUUGGUUCGCCACCAUUGCGAUAGUUGUCGCUGUGAAGCUCGCCACCAUGCCCACAGUCAGCGUAGGAAGAGACCGUCUCUUCGAGGCCCUCGGUCGCACUUACACUCAAGAAGAGUUUGAUGAAUUGUGCUUCGAGUUCGGUAUCGAGCUCGACGAUGUUACGACAGAGAAGGCAAUUAUAAGGAAAGAAAAGCAUUUGGAUGAAGAAGCAUUGGAAGAUGAAGAAGUCAUAUACAAAAUCGAAGUUCCAGCCAAUAGAUACGAUUUGCUUUGUCUUGAGGGGCUUGCCCUAGCCCUUCGCGUAUUUAAUGGACUCGAUCCAAUACCUGCAUAUACAGUGUCUAAUAUUAGCAAGCAAUCAAUGGUUAAAAUACAUGUGAAACCAGAGACAUCGUUGAUACGCCCAUAUGUUGUAUGUGCUGUUUUGAGAGGCGUUACUUUUGAUGAAGCAAGAUAUAAUAGCUUUAUUGAUCUUCAAGAUAAGCUUCAUCAGAACAUAUGCCGGCAAAGAACCUUGGUUGCAAUUGGAACACAUGACUUGGAUACAAUGCAAGGCCCUUUUACAUAUGAGGCUUUGCCGCCCUCAGAAAUAAAUUUUGUGCCACUGAAACAGGUCAAAAACUUCAGAGCUGAUGAGUUGAUGGAGUUUUACAAAUCAGAUCUGAAACUGAAGAAAUUCUUGCGCAUCAUAGAGAACUCACCAGUAUUCCCUGUUAUAUAUGAUCAUAAAAGAACUGUUUUGUCUUUGCCCCCUAUCAUUAACAGUGCACAUUCUGCCAUUACCCUAAAGACAAAGAAUGUGUUCAUUGAAUGCACAGCCACUGAUUUGACGAAGGCCAAUAUUGUUUUAAAUACCAUGGUAACCAUGUUUUCAGUGUAUUGUGAAAGGAAAUUUGAUGUUGAACCAGUUGAAGUAAUAUAUUCUGAUGGGAAAUCACAUGUUUACCCUGAUCUAUCCCUGUACCAUAUGGAUGUGCCUUUGUCAUACAUCACUAGUAUAGUUGGACAGACCCUGCAGGCAAACAAGGUUGCUAGUUUGUUGCAUAAAAUGCAACUACACGCUGAGCAGUCUGUAUCAGGAGAUGAACAGAUCAAUUUCACUGUCACUGUACCACCAACCAGAAGUGAUGUUCUUCAUCCAUGUGAUGUGGCAGAGGAUGUUGCAAUUGCUUAUGGGUACAAUGAAAUUCCAAAGAGAAAACCUGCAUCUUUGAAGCCACUUCAUCUGAACCAGCUCAGUGACCUUAUUAGAAUGGAGAUUGCAAUGACUGGUUAUACGGAGGUGUUAACAUGGAUAUUAUGUUCUUACAAUGAAAAUUUCUCCAUGCUGAACCGUAAAGAUGACAAAUCAACAGCUGUGAUCAAUGGAAAUCCUCGUUCUUCUGAUUUUGAGGUUGUUCGGACCAGUCUCAUGCCUGGCAUAUUGAAAACCAUUGGGCACAAUAAAGACCAUCCAAAGCCUAUAAAGAUAUUUGAAGUGGGCGAUAUAGUGCUGUUAGAUGAGACAAAAGAUGUUGGUGCAACAAAUCGUCGCCAUCUUGCAGCUCUAUAUUGUGGUGCUAACUCAGGGUUUGAGCUAAUACAUGGUCUGGUGGACAGAAUCAUGGAAGUGACUGGAACUCCAUUUGUAUUACCUGGGGAUAAUAAAGGGUAUUAUAUAGAACAUUCAGAUGAGCCUGAGUUUCUUCCGGGUAGACAAGCAAGCAUCAUCUGCAAAGGGAAACAAAUAGGAACUUUUGGCAUUGUGCACCCCGAGGUGAUGGAUAACUUUGACAUUCCUGAUCCAUGCUCCUUCGUGGAACUCAAUAUUGAGAGUUUCUUGUGAAGUUAGUUUUAUCAUGUCAAAUCAUUUGAAACUACAGUACACUGGAUUGUGGUGACUUAGUGUUGGCGUAACAUCUGCGCUCUGGCACGGCAGUCCGGCCCAGCUAUUAGAAGGAAAGUUGGCCUUGUGAGGAGGGGGGAUAGCAUACGCCUACUUUCGGAUACUACAGAAAUUAAUGUUGUCAUUUUUUGUAUCCUAAAAUUGAGUUUUGUUUGAUAGAGUUACCAUUGUACAAUCUUUUUUAUUGAUUGUGUGAAGUGAAGAACCCUCCAUCGUUGACUGUUAAAGAGAAGUGUACACAGGAAAUAAAAUCAAUAUAAGGCCAUUAAGGUUUCU